AUGGAAUUCUCGUAAUUGGAUCGGAAAUGUAAGAAAUAAAAAUUAGCUGUCUUCUUUACAUUCCCGCUAGUAUGAGGUUAGUUUCUAUUAAGAGAAACGAUCAAGCUUUUUUUGAGAAUUCUUCAAACCCAUUAAUCAUAAUAGAUGACCCAGUUAAUUUAGAACGUGUGGUAAAAAAAUAUGAAACGAUGACAGAAAGAGAGAGAGAAACACAGAACAGCGAUGACUAUUUUUCAAUUUCAGCCGCUACUGCUUCUGGUGGUAUCGACACAGACAAUAGUAGCAGCGGCAGUUGUGAACAUAGUGCGUCCCUCCUGCAAGUCCAAGUGUGGGGAGCUAGACAUUCCGUACCCGUUCAGAUAGGGAACGGUUGGUUUUUCAACGAGUAUGGGAACUUCAUCAGAUCGUGGAACGAAACCACGAGCCCCUCAGCUGGCAGGAUGAGGUCCCCUGCCAUGAACGGCUAGCUCCAGAUCAAAUGAAAGGAGGAUCGAUGCCAAGUGUUACGAUCAGUCUCGUUGGCCUCUUAUCCAAAAAAGCGCCGUUUUUGGAUCGAGUCUCCCUCAGCUUCCUUACGUUCUCGCAUACACGGCACAAAUUUGUGCUUGUCGGGUGCGUGCGACACGGGGCUUCAACCACGACUACUUCCCCGCGGGUUGCAUACCCUAUUGCCCGAGCCUGAGAAAAUUAGGGGGGGGGGGGGGGAACUCCGACUGCUCCGAUGUGGGCUGCUGCAACGUCGGCAUCCCCCUCGGCUUCGAUGCCAACCCCAGGACUUUCAGGAACUACAGUCGCUGCUGGAGGACCAACUGUUGUGGGUACGCGUCCCUGGCAGAGGCGGGCAGCUACAGCUUCAACAUCUCCCAUGUGAGGUGA